AUGCCGAAACCACCCCCUCCCCCUUCUCCGCCACCGCGCCCCACCAUCAGCAAAUUCCAGACCGAGGAAGUCUAUGACCUUGGACCCGAGGCGGAAAAUGCUCUAACUGUGAGCCAAAUCGUGCAACAGCUCGCCUGGGAAGAUCCAGAAGGGCUUGGCGAGGGAGGAGUUUACAGUAAAAAACACCCCGAGAGCAAAGAGUCCGACGACUAA